AUGUCCCUGUUCUGCCGUAAAGUAGACCCCACGUCGUACCGCGACCGGAUCCCGCUGCGAGUGAUCCGCGCCGAGGCCGAGCUGUCGGUGCUGGAGAAGGCCUACCUGGGCGCAGUGGAGCGGGGCGACUACGCCACGGUGCGCCAGGCCCUGGAGGAGGCCGAGAUCUACUUCCGCAUCAACAUCAACUGCGUGGACCCCCUGGGGAGGACGGCGCUGCUCAUCGCCAUCGAGAACGAGAACCUGGAGAUGAUCGAGCUCCUGCUGAGCUUCAACGUGAGGGUGGGGGACGCCCUGCUGCACGCCGUCCGCAAGGAGGUGGUGGGGGCCGUGGAGCUGCUGCUGAACCAUAAGAAGCCCCGGGGAGAGAACCAGGUGUGA